AUGAGCGGCCUACAAACACUCGAGGCCCUCUUCCUCAUGCUUCUAGCAACGACGGGGGUCUCUUCUAACACAACCAGCAAAACAGGGACAGCACCUGCAACUAACGUUGUCGUCGAGGAACCAGAAUUUACGGAUGUUAUAGAAAAUGUUACAGUGCCUGCCGGGCGGAACGUCAAACUGGCUUGUUCCGUCAAAAACCUAGGAUCAUACAAAGUAGCGUGGAUGCACUUUGAGCAAUCCGCGAUCCUUACUGUACAUAAUCAUGUAAUCACAAGGAAUCCUCGCAUCAGCGUCACGCACGACAAGCAUGACAAACACAAGACCUGGUUCUUACACAUAUCAAACGUCCAAGAAGAGGACAAGGGUCGCUACAUGUGCCAAAUCAACACGGUCACGGCAAAGACACAGUUCGGAUAUCUGCAUGUGGUCGUUCCUCCGAAUAUUGACGACUCCCUGAGCUCAAGCGAUGUUAUAGUGCGGGAAGGCUCAAACGUGACGCUUAAAUGUCGAGCCACGGGUAGUCCAACGCCCACAGUAAAAUGGAAGCGGGACGACAACUCUAAAAUAGCCAUUAAUAGAUCGUUAAACGUGCUCGAGUGGGAAGGAAAUUCCAUCGAAAUUACGAAAAUUUCUCGCCUGGAUAUGGGCGCAUACCUCUGCAUUGCAUCGAACGGUGUGCCGCCUACGGUGUCAAAGCGAAUUAAAGUCAGCGUUGACUUUCCACCGAUGUUGUGGAUACCACACCAGUUGGUCGGUGUUCCACUCUACUUCAACGUGACAUUGGAAUGUUUCACCGAGGCGCAUCCGACAUCGUUGAACUACUGGACGCGAGAGGACGGUCACAUGAUUCAUGACUCUAAGAAAUACAGAACUGAGACGAAUGUAGGAAUGCCAAUCUACAAGACGCACAUGCGUCUGCACAUUUACAACAUACAGCAGACGGAUUACGGGACGUACAAGUGUGUUGCCAAGAAUCCCCGCGGCGAAUCGGAUGGAACAAUUAGACUUUACACGUCUACUCCACCAACAACUUCCCCUGGGCCACCAACAACCGAAUCCUACUCCGACCUUUGGUCUAACCGGGUCCUCAACGAUUCCGCCGGUGGACUUCACCAUCACCACGGUGGACAGCACUCGAAUUCUUAUUCUGGGCACGUGGUUGAUAAAAACUCUAAAUACUCUUCCAAUCUUAAUGAAAUUGAUCGAUCCGAGCAAAAGUCGUUCGACACAAAUAUCAUCUAUUGGCCACCAGAAACUAAUCGGAACAAUCAAGGUGCCAUCAAUACUACCCGCAAUAUUCUGUCCAUUAUUUUUAGCACAGGUAUGCUAUUUUUGGCAAGGAUAAGCUUACAUUAA